UUUUCAGACUCCCCAUUCCUCUGUUUCUUCCCCAUUUAUCUCCCCUGCAUUUUAUAGCUUCUCAUUUUCUCACUCCGAUCCAUAAUCAUAGCCUUAUUCUCUUCAAGCAUUUAAAAUACUCUGGAAAUUCCAUUCCCCAAACCAACCCCAGAUCUGAGAACUUCCCUUCUUAGAAAUGACCCUCUUUUUCUAGGGAUUUGAGAAUCGUACAAUUUCUUAUAAAUACAGAGAAUAAAUAUAUGGCGACUCUGCAAAAAUUCAAGCUCCUGGCAACGCAGUGUGCGGUGGCUGGGAGCCCAACACUGAGCCCAUCUUCUAGCCCUGUUAUCCACCUCCGCCGCCGGAAGACUCUCCGUAUGCUUCUCAGCCGCGGCGGCGGGAGCGGUACUGUGCGGCGGCUGCCGAUCAGAGAUGGCCGCUCCUCCGGCCAGAUUGUAGAAAACAGAGGUUCUCCGGAGAAGGGGAAGGAGCUGACGGUGAGGAACAAGAACAAUAAGCUCAAGCUCAGGGAUUUCUUGGUGUUAUCGUCUCCGCCGUCUUCGUUGGCUGACCGGUCGUCGGGGAGUGCCAGAAUGGGGCUUUCGCAGGCGAUGGGGUUUUCCGGCGGCCGGAUAUUCGGGGACCGUUCAUCUCGACCGUUAUCGGCGACGAUCCGUCAGAGGCUGCUUAGGCGGGCGUGGCGACCGGUGCUCGUUACCAUUCCUGAGUAUAAUUAAGUUCUCAAAAAUGCUAAUUGUACGCAUAAUGCUUAUUUAUGAAUAUAUAAAUUAUAAUUCAUUUAAUUAUCGGGUAUUGCUUCUCCAAGUAUUUUGCAAUUUUUUUCCCAUUAAUGUUCCCACCAUUGUGGUUGACAGUUUGUGAUUACUCCGUAACUAAUUACUGCAAUAUAUUUCACUAGUUGUAUUUGUUUUUUUAGUUGUAUUUGUUUUGUUGUUAUUACAAGUGGGGAUCUGC